AUGAAGCGCUUCAGUCAGAGAGUUCUUUCGCGUGGCAAAGACCCAAACAAGUCUUCUAAGAAGAACAAGGAUAAUAAGGAUGGUACCGCGUCUCCCUCAUCACGGGAUAACAAUCAGUCACCUGUGCUCACGCCCUCAUCCUCCACGUCGACUUUGAACGAUCCUCGAAACAAGCCACUGCCGCAAAACAGUUCCGGCGAACACGGCAGCGCUUCUCAGCCCUCCAACCUGUCCAAUGUCACUCAGGCCGGUAACACCCCUGAUCGUUAUGCUUCCGGAGGCGCCUCGAGUCCUAAUGGCAGCUCAAACUCCCGACUGCCUCCAACCGUUGUAAUUAGUCCUACACCUGGCCACGUCCCUCCCCCGGGAGCCGCCGAGACGAUGCCACACGACUUGGCUCCUCCUAAAGCUGGUCAAAAGUCGCUCUUGAUCCAUCGAGGAAUAGAUAACCGCGAUGCGAUUCCAGAGGGACUUCGAACCCCAAAGAGGCAGCAUUCCUCGCGAUUCGACAUCUCAGCUCACCGUGAGCUUGAGAAGCUGCCCGGUUUCCACGAGGUUCCUCCCAACCGACGACAAGAACUCUUUAUGCAAAAGAUUGACCAAUGUAACGUCAUAUUCGACUUUAACGAUGCGAGCGGCGACAUGAAGUCAAAGGAAAUCAAGAGACUCGCUCUGCACGAGCUGCUGGAUUACGUCGCCAACAACCGACAGGUUAUUACCGAACCCAUGUACCCCAAGGUUGUCGAUAUGUUUGCCAAGAACCUUUUCCGUCCGAUCCCACCCCCGAUAAACCCUCAAGGCGAGGCUUUUGAUCCUGAAGAGGAUGAACCUGUUCUCGAGGUUGCUUGGCCCCAUAUCCAGGUCGUCUAUGAGUUCUUCCUGCGCUUCAUCGAGAGUCAGGAUUUCAACACCAACAUUGCCAAGGCAUACAUCGACCACAGCUUUGUUCUGCAGCUUUUGGAAUUGUUUGAUUCCGAAGAUCCCCGCGAGAGAGAUUUCCUCAAGACCACCCUCCACCGCAUCUACGGAAAAUUCCUUAACCUACGAUCUUUUAUUAGAAGAUCUAUCAACAACGUCUUUUUCCAAUUCACCUACGAAACAGAGCGUUUCAACGGUAUUGCCGAGUUGCUCGAGAUUCUUGGUUCAAUUAUCAACGGUUUUGCUCUCCCCCUCAAGGAGGAGCACAAGAUCUUUCUUACCCGAGUGUUAUUGCCUCUACACAAGCCCAAGAGUCUGAGCAUGUACCACCCUCAGCUUGCCUACUGUAUUGUGCAAUUCCUCGAGAAGGACGCAUCUCUUACCGAGGAUGUUGUAUUGGGACUUCUUCGUUACUGGCCCAAGGUCAACAGCACAAAGGAGGUCAUGUUCCUCAACGAAGUCGAAGAUAUUUUUGAGGUUAUGGAUCCCGCAGAGUUUGCCAAGGUUCAAGAACCUCUAUUCCACCAGUUGGCCAAGUCUGUUGCCAGCCCUCACUUUCAAGUUGCUGAGCGUGCUCUUUACUUCUGGAACAAUGAGUAUUUCUGUAAUCUCGUCAGCGAUAAUGUGGAGAUUAUUCUUCCCAUCAUGUUUGCUCCCCUUUAUGAGAACUCCAAGGGACACUGGAACAGAACAAUUCACGGCAUGGUGUAUAACGCCAUGAAGCUCUUUAUGGAGAUUAACCCUCAAUUGUUUGACGAUUGCUCCCACGAGUACACGGAACAGCAAAACAGCGCUGCAGCACGCGAAGCUCUUCGUGAGCGUAAAUGGGCUGCCUUGAGCGAAAAGGCCAACCAGCAGAGAGAAAGCAACAGUAACGGAAUUUCUGGUGCUACUCAGAUCACCCCUAUGCCCAGUGUGAACGAAGACGACGCCGCCACUGAAGACAAUUCCAAGCGCCUCGAUUCGCUUAAGUUGCAAGAUGGCCGACCCAGUCUUCACGAGCGAGACAACUCUGUAGGAUCUAGCCGGUAA